CACCUCCCUGCGCCGCCAUCCCGCCGCUUCACCUCCCCGCGCCGCCUCCUUCCAGCGACUUACGCAGACCGGCGGCGGCGGCAUUGCGGCAAGGAUUAGCGGAAAUGGAGUCUUCGCCUCUCGCCUGAACUCGCCGCCUCCUUCUGUCCGUCCCGCGAGAGCAAGGGGCUAGGGCGAGAUACCACCGCUCCGCUGCACCUCCCUGCGCCGGCUCCUCUCGGCGACCCUGCGGCUGGCGGCGACAUUGCGACUAGGGUUAGCAGAGACGGAGUUCUUCACCCCUGACCUGAACUUCCUUCCUCCUCCUGCUCGUCCCGCGAGACGGCGAGAGCAAGGGGCGAUCAAAGCUCUAGCCAGGCGCCUCCCCUGCUGAAGUGGACUCACCGGCCUCUCUACUCCAUUGCCUCACCCCACCCUGCCACAGGGGCCUCCCACACUCCCUCGCUAGUGGGGAACUGACUUCAGUGUGAAGGUUUUUUGGACAUAGUCUCAAUGGCUCAGCAAGAGGAUGGCAUUUAUGAUUUGCCAGACCAGCCUCCUUUGAUGACUAUCAACUUGAAGCUGAGCCACGAAUAUGACUUUGCAAAAUUACACCGCUCUUAUGCAAGCCAGAUGGACCGGCUACGCAAACGUCUCAGGCAGAAAUUUAAGACCCUUGUGAAGGGGAAGGGAAGCAAUAAGAAGGAGUUUUAUCUCACUCCAGACAGCAUGUGUGUUUUCACUGUUGCAUUUACUGAUGGUAAGAAGACUAUCACAGCAAUCAUUGAAGGUAGACAUAUGUGGAUGAGAGGGUUCCAAACUUCAAAUGGAACCAUUUAUGAGUUCAUUGAAGAAAAGGAGGAAGAGAGCGAUGAGAAUGAUAAAAACAAGAAGCGGCAGCAGCAGGAUGACGGGAGACAUGAACCAAGGAAGUACAUCAAAGGAUCCAUCUUACUUUCCCAUGGGGGAGGAUAUACCAGGCUACUACGUGAUGGCCCUCAGUUAGAAAACUUUGGAGUAGGGUUUGGUGCUCUGAAAGAUAUGCUUAAUGAGCUAUCUCACUUUGAUCCAGCCAGGUCUUCUGUCAAGUCUCUGCUUGCUAUGGCAGCACUGAUAAUACACACUGCUGAGAGCAUAAAAAAUAAAUUCAUCUUCAUGCUUGUUCUGAAAUCACUCGAUCCAUUGUUGGGUGCGCAGAUGCAGCUGUUGACAGAACUGGGGAAGCGGUACAUCAAUAACUGGGCAAAGAUAUCAAAACUAAUCUUGAGAUAUCUUCACAUUUCAACAAAGGUUUGGGAUGUCAAUGAGCAGAAAAAGGUGAAAAAUGAAGAAUUCUAUAAAGUCCCAUGCUGGACAAAGGAUCCAAAUGAUGUGCUCAGCCAUAUCAUAUUCAUAAAAAGUGAUGAAUUCCCAGAGAGUGUUCUGCAUGUAGAAGAUGGCAAAACACGCACCAUACCAGAUGUACUUCAAGCGUCUAUUGGUGUGGUUGUUGUGGGAGGAGUGAACCUUGCCUUAGAUUAUACAACGGAUAUUCCUUGUGUCGCUCAAGUGUUACUGCAAGCAACUUCGUUGUCAUCAAAUGUCCAGAUCAUUGAAGGAGAGUUCCCCAUCUACACAAGUGGUCACUUAAACUUGUGUACGCUGCAUCUGAAUUUGAGGAAAAAAGAAGGCCAUCAAAAAGAAGUGGUUAAGUUAACCCUAACAGUCAGUGCUUUGCUCGAGGCGACUGCACAUGCAAGCCAAGUCAAUGAUGAAGCUAUCUCCUGUCAACUGACUAGAACAUGUGAAAAGGACAGCGAGAUGAGCAGGAACCAACUGGAGAUAUAUUCAAGAAACGAAGAAUUAUUUGAGAAACUAGCACAUGAAAGAGCUACAAAGUCGGAAGAAGAGUACCCAACUAUAAAUCCAAUGCUGCUGCUUCCUAAUAAGAAAGAGAUGCCACUAGAGUUAAAAGACAUUGAUGUUGGGCUGAUUUGCUGAUACUACCAUGGAAUGCACCUAAGUUCCAGGCCAUCGCAUUAAUGGAUUAGGUGGCAACUGGAGAAGAUCGAGUGAGGGUUUUUAUGGGCCAGCUGUCCAGAAGCAAACGUUGGCAACUGCCAUCUGAACUGGCGCCGUGUCUGCAGACCGUUCUCGCUGGGUGGCCUUGGCGUCUGCGACCUGGAACGCGCUGGCCUGGCCUUGCGUCUGCGUUGGCUGUGGUUCAGCAGCACCGACACGAACAGGGCCUGGAGAGCUACAAUUCUCCAAUUAGGAGCGAGCCCUUUUCUUCGCAUCCGCCACCAUGUAGGUCGGCAACGGGCAAUCAGUACUGUUCUGAACUGACCACUGGAUCAACGGACAAUCCAUCAGCGAGAUCACGCCACAUCUGUUUGCAUGCAUCCCCAAACGUCGACGCUAAGUGAGAACCAUGGCAGAAGGACUCCAUGCCAAUACUUGGGCUAGAGACAUUCAGGACGUGCUCGGAUUUCAGGAGAUUGGCCAGUACUUCCA